CCUACCCACAUCGCCUCUUCACCACCAAACCCCACCCACUUUGUCACUUCCUCAAAAUACCCCUACCCAUAUCGGCGUUUCCUCACGAAACAUUCACGUUGCCGCUUCCUCUGCUCAUUCCAAGAAAACCCAUGAAUUAAGUUGGAAAAGAGCUGGAAUAUAUGAUGCAAUUAGGUGUUCAACUUAUGAAAUUAAGGAGGAUAAUGAGUUAAUCAUUGGAUUGGUUGAAAAAUGGUGCCCUGAAACUAAUACUUUUGUUUUUCCUUGGGGUGAAGCUACUAUAACUUUGGAGGAUGUUAUGAUCCUUGGAGGGUUCUCAGUUUUCGGGUUUUCGGUUCUCGAAAACUCGGGUAAUGUUGAAGAUGAUCGUAAGAUUGUGAGAAGGUUGAAGGAUGCUUGUGCAAAAAUCAAGAAAGAUAGUGAUGUAUCUCAAAUUAGUCAUCUUGAAUGGAUGAAUUACUUCAAGGGUUAUGGUGGUGAAAUGGAAAAUGUGGCAUUGAUUGUUCUAUGGUUAUCGAGGUAUGUUUUUUCUUCCUUUAAUGUUUACAACAUUGCUAUUAGUCUUGCUAGAGGUACUCGAAUCGCGCUUGCUCCUGCUGUGUUAGCUUUAAUUUAUAGAGAUUUGAGUUUGUUGAAGAAGAAAAUUGUAAGUUUAAACUGUGAAAAUGGUCAAGGUGAUGGUUCAAAGCUUGUUCUUUGGGCACCCUUUCAAUUGAUUCAGGUUUGGGCUUGGGAGAGGUUUCGAACAUUAGGGCCUAAACCCGAACCCCUUGUUCGUGGUGAGCCGAGAUUGGCUCGUUGGCACGGUGUGAAGUGUGUGGAAAAUGGGAGGUUGAGGGUUGAAAUUGAGUCUGCUGGAGGUGAGUUUUUGUGGAGGCCUUAUGCUUUGUAUGUAAAAAAUUGGGAAUUUCCUAAGUUUUAUUGUGAUGAGGAAAUGUGGGUGUUGGUGGAUUCUGAGGUUGAUGAGGAACUAUUGUCAUUCGCGGUGUGUUUGAGGGUGUGUGAGUUGGUGGGUGUGAAUUGUGUUAAGCAAUACAUGCCUCAUAGAGUAGCAAUGCAAUUUGGAAUGGAUCAAGAUAUUCCGAUUUCAAUUCCUAGAUUGAAUGCUGAUGUUGAACUUGCUUGGAGUAGCUAUGACGAAUCGCUUCAUGGUUUGAAAUUCUAUAUGCCUCCUCGAUUGGUUGAAGGAGAUAUUACCAUUCAGUAUUCUAAUUGGUGGAAGACACUAGAUUCACUUCCUGCUGAAAAGCCGAUGCAGAGGAAAGGAAAGAUGAAGGUGAAGAAAUUAUCUCAAAUUCUGCAGGAAAGUAAGGAAGGGAAUUGCAAGGAGGCUCCUCUUCCUUCAUCCUCCCCAUGUACUAAGGCUGUUGAGUUGGAUUGUUCAGGCAAUAGCAGGGAAAAGCCAAAUGAAAAAUUACCAUCUUCUGUAAAAAUUAAGGGAGUGCAGGAUAUUGUGAUUGAUUUGUUGUUGGGGCUAGAGGACAACAGAAAGAAUGAAUCGAAUGCUAUAGACAAAGACAGGGAAAAACAAGUGAAUGAAUCGAAUGCUAUAGAGGAAGACAGGGAGCAAGAUGUGAAUGAAUUGAAUGCUAUAGAGGAAGACAUGGAAAAAGAAGUGAAUGAAUCGAAUGCUAUAGAGGAAGACAGGGAAAAAGAAGUGUAUCAUCAGAGUGAUGGUAACCUGGGUGUGGACAGCAAGUAUUCAGAGAGUACUCAUUCUCAAAAUGAAAUUCCUGUUUGUUCAUCUUCCCAAUGUAACGAGGAGAUGAAUGUAGAUUUUGCUGGGAGUAGCAGUAACAGGCCAUACAGAAAAUCAACUUCUUGUGAACAUAGAGAGUACUCUGAGGGUGCUUGUUCUCCAAAUGAAAAAUUGAUUGAAGAUAAUGGAACCUUUCGUGGAGCAAGGCCACUGAUCAAAACUGAGACGACUCCUUUGUGUGGUGCAAUUGCUGAAGAUGUACAUCAGACAGUUGCAGUAGAUGUUGACAUAGAGCAAAUGAAGACCUCACUUGAUGAUAUUGCUAAUGUCAGUGGUGAAAAAAUGGAUACAGUUGCAGUAGAUGAAGACAUAGAGCGAAUGAAGACUUCACCUGAUGCUUUUGUUAUUGUCAGUAAUAAAGAAAUGGAUAAUGAUCUUAAAUCGUUUGAAGCAAAAUGUCUGGAAAUCAAUUCUAGGCUUAAUAGGCUUGAGAAGAUAGUUUAUUCUAAGAAAGCAGCUAAGAGAAGGUCCAUGGUAAGGUAAGAUCUUGUACCGACAUUGAUAUGUUUAUAUAUACAGGGGCACAGGGCAAAGAUCAAUGCAGCUUAGGUUUAGAUAAAUAUGAUAAUUAAGGAUAGGGAUCGGAGCUAGAAUUUUUUGUAAAGGCAGUUUUAUCAUAGUGGCUGGAUUGACAAAGAGUUUAAAAAAGGACAUAAAAAUGAUAUAAACUCUGAUCUGGUUUAAGUGUAAUCUACUGUACUUUCGGCAGAUUCAGAAAUGUCGAUGUAAGUACUUAGUCCAUAUAAUCAUAUAACUUAUAGGCAAUGUAGCAGCAUGAUGAAUGCUUUAUUUCAUCUUAUCAUAUAAUAAUUUACUUAUAUAGCUUGUUUGUUUGUCUGUUUGUACUGUUUGCAAUAGUCUCUUUACUUGGUUUAUAGUAUCUUUACAGUUAUUAGUUAAUUCCAAUGCUGAUAUGUUUUUUCCCCAAGUAUAUUAACUUUAGGUUGGACUGCUAAAAAAAUCUUCUGUUAGAACAGUUGCUACACUCGAGUGAAGAAAAUUGAUAUGCAGAGAACAGUCCAUUUCCGAAUUCUCUUUGGGCUCUUUCAGAACUCCCAUACAGUCAGCUACUCAGCUUCCUUCACUUUGAUGGGAAAUUUAUUUCUGUAGUGGCUGAAAUAACCCACACAAUCACAAUGAAAUGUUUUUGGCUAAAAAAUGAACCAAGUUGCUGAAAUACUGCAUCCGUGUUGCUGUCUUGCCUUCUUACUAGCAUCAUGAUUUAUGAAGCACCCCAUCAGACUUAGCAAGAGGAGUCUAUUCUGACUUUAGAGCACAUCUUCUUGGCAAAGGAAUAAAGCCGAACAUAAUUAUUGACAAAUUGGUUGGUAAUCAUGUUUCCUAGUGAGAUUAACUAGAGAAUUAUUGCUUUUGUGACAUACCUGAGAUGGUCCUGCUGCCGUGCAGCAUCAGAUUUGCAGGAAAUGACUACAGAGUAAUUUAGAAGAAAUUUACCAUUUAAGUUAUGUAUACUAAGAACUUCCUACUCUAUAUUUAUUAUACUGUAGUAUAUUAUUAAAACCAAACCAAAAUUCCCCAAAAAGGGAGGAAAUUUCAACAUUCACGUAGGGAGGGUAGUUCUGUUCAUCAAACUUCAUGGCAUUCAAAGGCGCGCUGUAAUAGGUGCUGCUGGUUGAUUAUUGGGCGAACUUGUACCUUUCCACCCAGGAAUUUCAUCAGAGAUUUUCUUGUCA